UGACGCUGUGGAGGUCGCUGUUGCUGUCGAAGUGCCCGCUUCGCCUCCCAAACCCGCACGCAGGGGUCGCAACGCGAAGGAGAAUGUUCCCAUCGGCGCCGAGGAGCCCGCCUCCGAGGCCGCCGCGCCUGCAAAGAAGACUAGGGGUACUCGCUCUCGGGCAGCCACUGUCGAGCCCGAAGCUGCCGAGGAGGUUGCGCCGGCAAAGGGUCGCGGAAAGAGGGCUGCUUCAGCGGCUCCGUCGGAGGCUCCUGCUCCCAAGACUCGUCGUACUCGCGGCGCUAGUGCAGCUCCUAGCGAGCUUGACAGCACCGACGCUCCGGCUUCAUCGCUUGCGGACGUCGACACGAAUGCUAAGCCUGCACGUCGCGGACGUGCGGCGAAGUCUUUCGCCACGGAGGAACCCAUUCCUGAGGAGGAGUCGGUGGAAGAGGAGCCCAGGAAAGCUACCCGCUCGUCGAAGAGGAAAGCGGAGGUUAUGGAGGAAGAUGAACCUGCUCCUGCUAGGAGGACCACGAGGAGGAAGGUUUGAGAUGUGAGACGUGAGAUGCAUUGUAAAAGGUGAAACGAUACAUGUGUAUGGG